CCCCCAAUGUAGCGCAAAAAAACAGUUCAUAUGCUUCGCCUCAGCCAAUACAUACACGAUGUCGCGAGUGUUUAAAAAAAAAAAAAAAAUACAUUUUACUUAUUUCAACGCGUAAGGAGAUAUUCCCACUUUGAGAAAAUAAGAAUCAACUUCUUCUCUAUUAUGCUUUUUAAAAUUUCACAUUUGGGGGUUCUAUGACGGCAUUUGGCACUUAAAAAUAUUAUUCACCUGCUGGGGGAAACCGUUUUAACAAACUGUGUGAGCUGAAAAAGCAGGAGGGGACUUCAAAAAAUAUAUGCAUACGCAAAUAAUACAUACAUAACGUAUAGGGGCGCGCUUCUACAUGCAUAGCUACAUGCCUUCUGCCAACCAUACACGCGUUCUGCCUACAUACACGUGCGCUUCCGUACACGCGUGCUUCAGUACAUGCGCGCUUCCAUACAUGCACAUGCCGCGAAAACUCGCGAUUUACAUGCAUCAGCGUGGUUCUUUCGCCUGAACGAUUUAACAAAAAAAAAAAAAGAAGAGAAGAGAAGAAGCACUAUCACAAACGCACAUAUACAUAACAGCACCACGGAGUGACAUCCGCCCCCUUUCUGCCAUAGGUGGCCGAAACAAAGUACAUAGUAAUAAAAAAGUAAAACGGUGGGAGGAUAGAAAAGAAAAAAAAAAAAUUAUAUUUAUGCAAAAAGAGCCAGAGAAAAAUGAUAAAUAAAAUUUGAAAAUCAUUUUCUAGUUUAAAUAUGCAUACGUAAAAGGUGUACAUGCGUAUAGGUGUAUAGCAUAUGUACAGAGAGGCAAUCAUACUUCAUAGAAGAACAACCCGCAAGAGCCUAAACAAUUUCGCCCCAGCGUAAACUCAAAACAAUGGCAGAAGAAGCCGUAGCGCUAGUAGUCGACAAUGGAAGUGGAAUGGUGAAAUCCGGAUUGGCAGGUGACGAUGCACCUAAGUGUGUAUUCCCAUCAAUUGUGGGAAGGCCCAAAAUGCCAAACAUAAUGGUAGGCAUGGAACAGAAAGAAUGCUACGUAGGCGAUGAAGCACAAAACAAGAGGGGGAUACUAACCCUAAAGUAUCCAAUUGAACAUGGGAUAGUGACCAACUGGGAUGAUAUGGAGAAAAUUUGGCACCAUACAUUUUAUAACGAGUUAAGAGUUUCCCCUGAAGAGCAUCCGGUCCUGCUGACAGAGGCACCUUUGAACCCCAAGACGAAUAGAGAGCGCAUGACUCAAAUUAUGUUUGAGUCUUUUGACGUGCCGGCUAUGUAUGUGAGUAUUCAGGCCAUUUUGUCCCUGUACGCUUCUGGGAGGACAACGGGAAUCGUGCUGGACAGCGGCGACGGAGUGAGCCACACCGUGCCUAUUUACGAGGGGUACGUCCUGCCGCACGCAAUCAACCGAAUCGACAUGGCGGGGCGAGAUUUGACCUACCACAUGAUGAAGCUGUUCACGGAAAGGGGCCACACAUUCACAACAACGGCCGAGAGAGAAAUCGUUCGAGACAUAAAGGAAAAAUUAUGCUAUAUUGCACUGGAUUAUGAUGAGGAAUUAAAAAAGUCAGAGGAACAUGCAGACCAAAUAGAAGAAAUAUAUGAAUUGCCAGAUGGAAAUUUAAUAACCGUAGGUAGCGAAAGGUUCCGAUGCCCAGAAGCUUUAUUUAAUCCGACGCUAAUAGGGAGGGAAUGUCCAGGACUACACAUCACAGCUUACCAAAGUAUAAUGAAAUGUGACAUUGACAUUAGAAAAGAACUCUACAAUAAUAUUGUUCUAAGUGGUGGCACUACUAUGUAUAACAAUAUUGGGGAAAGAUUGACGAAAGAAAUGACCAACUUAGCUCCGUCUUCUAUGAAAAUUAAAGUUAUUGCACCACCUGAGAGGAAGUACUCCGUGUGGAUAGGAGGGUCCAUAUUAUCGUCGCUGUCUACCUUUCAGCAGAUGUGGAUAACCAAGGAGGAGUACGAGGACGCCGGGCCUAGCAUCGUUCAUAGGAAGUGCUUUUAA